AUGCUGGGGCGUCUUAUUUUGGCUGCUGUGGUCCUCUCCGGACAUUGUUCAGAGGGGUCGCUUGAAGACCAUGGAGAAAUUGUUGGGGGCAACGAUGCAGAGAAGCAUUCAUGGCCAUCACAGAUUUUCCUCUUGGUCGAUUUAGGCGGAGGCUUGCAGCAUCAGUGCGGUGGGACACUGGUGAAGCCAAACUGGGUGCUGACAGCAGCUCACUGUGUGAACAGGAAUUCGGAUUUAACUGUGGUUGCUGGUGACCACAACAUUAAUCAAUGGGAAGGCACAGAGCAGUAUUUACGUGUGGACCGUAUCUUCAGGCACCCAAAUUGGAAUGGCGAUGUUAAUGAUGGCAAUGACAUUGCUCUGCUCCGUCUCUCUCAGAGUGCAGUUCUCAACAACUAUGUGCAGCUUGGAUCUUUGCCCCCAGCUGGACAGAUCCUGCCCAACAACUAUCUCUGUUACAUCAUUGGCUGGGGGAGGACCAAAAUUAAUGGCCCGGGGGCCUCAGUCCUGCAGCAAGCCUUGCUCCCUGUGGUGAGUUACUCAACCUGCUCCACUUCGGCCUACUGGGGCUCAAAGGUCAAGGACACCAUGGUGUGUGCUGGAGGGGAUGGCAAAGGUGAUGGAUGCAAGGGGGAUUCUGGGGGACCUCUGAAUUGCCGGGUGAAUGGCAAAUACUAUGUCCACGGAGUCCUUAGCUAUGGUUCCCUUCCAUGCAACUAUUGGAAACCCUCCGUGUUCACACGGGUCUCUGCCUACAUUUCCUGGAUGAAUAAUAUAAUUUCCUCCAACUGA